CUCAUUACUCCUGGGCCCUUCAACCUCAUCCCACUUUCCAGUUUUCACUUUCCUCUCUCUUUCACCCUCUCUCUCUUCAUCAAACUGAUCGAUACAACUUUGGAAAAAAAAAAAACAAAGCAAUAAAAAACUUUGACUUUCAGAAUUCACAAUUUACAAACAAUCAUCAGCAUUAAAACCAGCUAAAAUCUUCCCUACAUUCAAUUGAAGAGUGAACAAAACUAGAAUUACAACCAAAUACUAGUAUGAGUGAAGAAGGCAAGAUAGUUUAUCAUCAUCAUGAGCAACACCAACCACAUCAUCAUCAUCAAGAAGAUGAAUCUCCUCCACCUCCACCUCCUGUUGUACCUCAUUAUGGCACAUUUCAGGGUGUUCCUUCUUCUCCUGCCAUGGGUUUUCCUCAGCCUGCCCCGCCUCCUGGCUCCAUGGAUCCACCCCCAGAAUACUAUUCCCGCGGUUAUCAAGCAGUUCCAGGCUAUGUGGUUGCUGAAGGAAGGCCAAUGAGUGAGCAUCGCCUUCCUUGCUGUGGUAUUGGUUAUGGCUGGCUCUUGUUCAUAAUGGGAUUCUUCCUGGCUGGUUUCCCUUGGUAUUUUGCGGCAAUUAUUCUAAUAUUUUGCGGUAAUGUGGAUCAAAGAGAGAAGCCAGCAUACAUUCUCUGCACAAUUGCUGCUGUCCUGGCUGCUAUAGCCACCAUAUUUGGUGUGACCAGAAUUUAAUGAAGAUUGAGCAUAUCUUUACGUAUUGCGCUUUCAUGGAAAUGAAACCAUGGGAUGUGCAUUGGCUUGGAAUUUGUUGAGCAGGCUUUCGUGUUUGCUGUAGUUUGUUGUGUAAGUAGCUAAGUAAUUAUUGACAUUUUUAUUGCGUGUUUGUGAUUGUAUAUAGAUUUCUUUUGCUAUUUGUAUCACUAUACUAUACCUUCUGGAACUGAGCAUUUUUUUCAUAUAAAUUCAUUUGUAUUUGUAUCACUUUAAUGAAACAUACAAAACUUGGUUUA